CGACUAGCAUAGUAAUUAUAGAGACACAAGUAAGGGGAUAGUGGCUGAUUAUUAUUAUUUUAACUGAGCUUGUUUCUUCACAGAGUUUUGGAGCCCUUACUUUAGUUCUCGCCUUGUACCACUUCAUCAAUUUGUAAGAGCAGGAGCCCUUACUUUAGUUCUCGCCUUGUACCACUUCAUCAAUUUGUAAGAGCAGUUUCAAAACCCGGAAACAACUUAGAUAUCCAUCAACAAGAGAAUGGAUAAAUUGGGAUAUAUUCAUACAACGGAAUACUACUCAGCAAAAGGGGAAUGAAUUGGUAUGUGCAACGUAUCAAUCUCAGAUAUUUUAUGCUGAAUGAAAAAAGCCAAACAGAAGAGUACAAACUGUGAUUCCACUUAUACAAAAUGUUAAAAACACGUAAAACUAAACAGUAGUGGUAGAAAUCAGAUCAAAGGUUGUUCCUGUUGGAUUUGGCUGGGAACGGGCUGCAAGGAUCUCUUUGGGGGUGAUGGAAAUCUAUCUUCAGAAGCAUUUUCCUAAAUAAGUUGAAGAGUUUACUUAAGAUAUAAGGACUUAACUAUAUGUAAAUUAUAUCUUAGUUAAAAAUUGUUCAAAAUAUUAUGGUUUUGUUUUUGUUUUUUGAGAUAGUCUCAUUCUACUGCCCCAGGCUAGAAUGCCAUGGCCUCAGCCUAGCUCACAGCAACCUCAAACUCCUAUGCUCAAGCCAUCUUCCUUCCCUAGUAUUUGCAGGUAUCCUCAAACUACGGCCCGAAGGCCAUAUGAGGUGGUGUGAUUGUAUUUGUUCCCGUUUUGUUUUUUUUACUUCAAAAUAAGAUAUGUGCAAUGUGCAUAGAAAUUGGUUCAUAGUUUUUUUUUAAACUACAGUCCAGCCCUCCAACAGUCUGAGGGACAGUGAAUUGGCCCCGUUUAAAAAGUUUGAGGACCCCUGCAUGUGGGACUUUAGGCACCAGACACAUGACUGGCUAAUUUUUCUACUUUUUAAUAGAGAUAGGGCUCUCGCUCUUGCUCAGGAUGGUCUCAAACUCCUGAAUUCAAGGGAUUUUCCCAUCUUGGCCCCGCAGAGUGCUAGAAUUACAGGCAUAAGCACCACUCCUGGGCUAAAAUAUAAAUUGUUUAAUCCAGUUGGAAUGUUUAAAAAUUUCCAUUGUAUUAUGUUUCAAUUUUUGUUUAAACUUUUUAGAAUAAAAAGGUGGGUAAUAAAAUUUUAAAAAAUUCAUUGUUUAGUUUACUCAAUAUUAGUUUCAGUAAAGGAAAAGAUCAAACACUAUUGGAAAAGUAUAAAGGAAUGAGGAAAUGUAAUUAAAAAUAGAUGUAUGCUUAGCAAAAGAAAGGUAGCUUAAAAAAAAACUGGAGGCUGGGCGGUGCCUGUGGCUGAAAGGAAUAAGGCUCUGGCCCCAUAUGCCAGAGGUGGCGGGUUCAAGCCCAGUCCUGGUCAAAAACUGCAAACAAACAAACAAAAAAACUGGAGGUUGAAUACUGUUAAAUAUACAGUAUAUAUGUAUUGGGAUAUAUUCAUACAAUAGAAUACUACUCAGCAAAAAAGGAAUGAAUUGAUGUAUGUGUAUGUAUGUAUACAUAUACAUAUAAAGAGAAAGAAAGAGAGAAAAUAAUCAGAGGAAAGGAAAAGAGAGAUGUUAAAAUCAGAAAGAUCUGAUGUGUUCAGAGAUAGGAAGGAAAAGGAUUAAGAAGAUAGGUGCUUCAAACUAAACUCAAUAUUCCCUACAUGGUCCAACAAGAUUGAAUACUCUUCUAAAGUUACUAGGAUAAGGGCUGGGCACAGUGGCUUGCACCUGUAAUCCUAGCACUCUGGGAGGCCAAGGUGGGUGGACCGCCUGAGCUCAUGUGUUUGAGACCAGCCUGAGCAAAGAGAGAGACCUUGUGUCUAGGAAAAAAGCUGGGAAUUGUGACAGACACCUGUAGUCCCAGCUACUAGGGAGGCUGAGGCAAGAGAAUCCUUGAGCCCAAGAAUAUGAGGUUGCUGUGAGCUGAUGCCAGGGCACUUUACUGAGGGCAAUAAAGGGAGACUCUGUUGGGCGGCGCCUGUGGCUCAAGGAGUAGGGCGCCGGUCCCAUAUGCUGGAGGUGGCGGGUUCAAACCCAGCCCCGGCCAAAAAAACCACAAAAAAAAAAAAUAAAAUAAAAUAAAGGGAGACUCUGUCUUAAAAAAAAAGUUACUAGGAUAAAUAUGAUAUGGUUCUUAAUACUUAAUGGAGUGCUUCUCAAUUUUACUUUUGGGGGGGUAUAUGUUUACCAACUGUUCAGAUACAAACAAUUUAUCGUUUUUCACUUUCUAAGUUUAUAAAUAUACCCAUAUAACCUUAUCUAAUCUUGAGAUCAGGUAUAAUCAUUACUGUUUUAGAUUAGAAAAAUUGAAACUUGCUAAAUUUAUAUAGUCAGUAAAUAGAAAAGCCACUCCUGAGGCUUCCUACUUAGUGAAGUAUAUUAGGACACUUUAAUCAUAGUACUUAUGAGUCUUCUAAUUGGAAGCAUUUUAAGGAUUUUAAGGGGGUGGCCUGACCAGGUAAAUUGCCAAAGGCUCACUCCAUAAAGAGCAUUUUAAUACUGGAAAUGUAAUGAAGUAAAAUAUUGUUAAUAUUUAAUACUAGAACUCCUUUGGUGGGAGAGUUGUGUGCUGCUAGAAGAGGUAUAAGAAGACCAUACCUUGGAUCCAAGUAAGUGCAGGGAUUUCCUUUUCACGUGUAGAAUGUACACAAAUCUGGAUCAGAGUUGAAUUGCUCACAACAAUGGAGAAAGCAGUGUCCUUUUCACCUAUUACCACUCAGCCUUUCCUUUAUAUUGAAUGAUUAUUAAGGAGCAGAGUUUAGAAAAGAUGCCAAAUUAAUAAUCUUACCUGAAGAAAGCGAGUAGCACCAUUAUUUCAGAAUUCUUUUGCUUGCAAAUAAUAGAAAACUCAACUCAAACUAUAUAAAAAUCAGAAAGUAAAGGCUGGGCGCGGUGGCUCACACCUCCGAGGCCGAGGUGGGUGGACUGCCUGGGCUUAAGUUGAGACCAGCCUGACCUAGAGUGAGACCUCAUCUCUAAAACUCGCUGGGGAUUAUGGUGGGCUCCUGUAGUCCCAGCUACUCGGGAGGCUGAGGCAAGAGAAUUGCUUAAGCCGAAGAGUUUGAGGUUGCUGUGAGUUGUGACGCCAUAGCAUUCUGAGAGCGAGACAGUGAGACUCUGGUCUCAAAAAAAAAAAAAAAAAAAUCUACUCCAUUGCUCAUUCACUCCUUUAUUCACUGAACAAAUACAAGAUCAAAUACUGCUCAAGCAUCUAUCAGACAUUACAGUGUAGUGAGUUUAACAUUUCUUUUUAUUUAAAAAAUUUCUUUUGUAGAGACAGUCUCUUUAUCACCCUCAGUACAGAGCACACAGCUCACAGAAACCUCCAGCUCCUGGGCUUAGGUGAGUCUCUUGCCUCAACCUCCCGAGUAGGUGGGACCACAGGCACCGGCCACAACGCCCGACUACUUUUUUUGUUGCAGUUCUGCACCCUUGCUAUAUGGAGCUGGCGCCCUACCCACUGAGCCACAGGCACUGCCCAAGUUUAACAUGUUUUAUAACAAAAUUAUUUUUUUUGAGACAGAGUCUUGCUGUCACCCAGGCUAGUGUAGUGGUGUCAUCAUAGCUCACUGUUAACUUCAACUUCCUGGGCUCAAUUGAUCCUCCUGCCUCACCCUCCCCUGUAGCUGGGACUACAGGUGUGUGCCACAGGGCCCUCUUAAUUUUUUUUUUUUUUUCAGAGAUGGGUUCUUUCUGGUGUUCAGGCUGGUCUCAAACUUCUGGCCUCAAGUGAUCUUACUUUUGCCUCCCAAAGUGUGAAGAUUACAGGUGUAACCCACCUCUCACUGCCAAUAAAAUUUUUAAACAGUAAUAUUUUUAUUUAUAUAAUAAACAAGCACACAAAUACUUAAGUAAUUACCAAUACAUGUUAUGAAGGAAAAGUUCAGGGUCCUAUAAGAGGUCCUAUUAGAGGGGUUUAAUUAAAACGGGCAUGUGGGCAAGGGAAGGUCUUAAGAAAUAAUACCUCACCUGAGACCUGAAAGCUGAACAGGAAUUAGAAAGGCAUAGAAGCAGAGUGGGAAAUUAUUGUUGGUCCACGGAUCAACAUUCAGAGGCCUUAAAAACUUGGGGGAAUGGUGGUGGUUGAGAGGUCUGAUGGAGGAACUCGAAUUAAGUGUAGUGUUCACAGAAUGGGGGGCAGCUGAAUAGGCAGUAAUCAGGAAGCCUUAUAAAUGGUUAAAGAGUUUUAAAGUCCUUUCGUGGGGGGAGGGGCUGUUUCACUCCUCUUCAAGGAAAAUCUGAGCCCUGGUCUCCGACAAGCGAUUUUCCGGGCCAGCUUGACUUAGCAUCUUCUUUCCUCCAUCAGCAUGUCAGGGGGGCCAUCAAGCUUCCUUCUGCCUACUCUGCCUAGGCAUUUCACUCUUUCCUAGCUAUCAGAUUUCCCUGACCCCUCGCCUUUUUAUCAGGGGCCUUCCGAGUGCUCUUAUUUCACUUUUGCCCAGCCCCACCUCCCAACUGUCUCAGCUCUGCAGUCCACGACCUUCAGAAGCCCUUCAAAGUCAGAAUCCGCCAAGUCCGCAGUCCGAAGACAUUAGCAAUUCAAAGAGAUCUCACCCCUCCGGCACCAUUAGAUUGGAACAAUAGCUUACCAACACUCAUAUUUAUAUUGUUCCGCCACAACCACUCUGGGGGCUGGUUUUAUCUGAAGCCGCUUUCUCGGUCCGCAGCCACUGUGUGAAGGGCACUGUGAGAAUUUUCUCGAAAGCUCCUGUCAUGCGUCUUCUUUCUCCCCGCCAUUUCUCCAGGGCAGGUCCUCCUGCAGGCUCGCAGUCGCGGUAGUCCUCAGGGAGUGGGCACCGGCCUCUGUGCGGAGAAGAGAAGGGAGGACACAGGCUACGCCGCUUUAGGCUGCAGAACCAGGCGCCGGAAGCCAGCGGGUAACCGGCGGGCGCUGAGGCCAGGCUGACGGAAAACGGUGGCGCGGUGGGCCAGGGGCGCCGCGAGAGGGGCGGGGCCGCGGCGCGCCGGAGGCGGGGCUCUCGCCUAGGUCACGUGACGGGCCUGGCGGCAGCGGCGGCAGCGCCCGUGGCGUCUUAAGCGGCGCCCAGUGCAGGAUGGUGCUGGAGGCGCCGGCGGCCGUGGUGGCGGCGGCGUCGUUGGCAGCAGCGGGUAGGGGUGCGGUGUCAGCAGCAGCGGAGGCACCCGCGGGUGGUAUAAAAUGGCGGAUUUCGAAGAGUUGAGGAAUAUGGUUUCUAGUUUUAGAGUUUCUGAACUACAAGUGUUACUAGGCUUUGCUGGACGGAAUAAAAGUGGACGCAAGCAUGACCUCCUGAUGAGGGCGCUGCAUUUAUUGAAGAGUGGCUGCAGCCCUGCCGUUCAGAUUAAAAUCCGAGAAUUGUAUAGACGCCGAUAUCCACGAACUCUUGAAGGACUUUCUGAUUUAUCCACAAUCAAAUCAUCGGUUUUCAAUUUGGACGGUAGCCCAUCACCUGUAGAACCUGACUUGGCUGUGGCUGGAAUCCACUCGUUGCCUUCCACUUCAGUUACACCUCACUCACCAUCCUCUCCUGUUGGUUCUGUGCUACUUCAAGACACUAAGGCCACUUUUGAGAUGCAGCAGCCAUCUCCCCCGAUUCCUCCUGUCCAUCCUGAUGUGCAGUUAAAAAACCUGCCUUUUUAUGAUGUCCUGGAUGUUCUUAUCAAGCCCACGAGCUUAGUUCAAAGCAGUAUUCAACGAUUUCAAGAGAAGUUUUUUAUUUUUGCUUUGACACCUCAACAAGUUAGAGAGAUAUGCAUAUCCAGGGAUUUUUUGCCAGGUGGUAGGAGAGAUUAUACAGUACAAGUUCAGUUGAGACUUUGCCUGGCAGAGACAAGUUGCCCUCAAGAAGACAACUAUCCAAAUAGUCUAUGUAUAAAAGUAAAUGGGAAGCUGUUUCCUUUGCCUGGCUACGCACCACCACCUAAAAAUGGGAUUGAACAGAAACGCCCUGGACGCCCUUUGAAUAUUACAUCUUUAGUUAGGUUAUCUUCAGCUGUGCCAAACCAGAUUUCUAUUUCUUGGGCAUCAGAAAUUGGAAAGAAUUACUCCAUGUCUGUAUAUCUUGUACGACAGCUCACAUCAGCUAUGUUAUUACAGAGAUUAAAAAUGAAAGGUAUUAGAAACCCCGAUCAUUCCAGAGCACUAAUUAAAGAAAAACUUACUGCAGAUCCUGAUAGUGAAAUUGCUACAACUAGCCUUCGGGUGUCCUUGAUGUGCCCUUUAGGAAAAAUGAGGCUGACAAUCCCUUGCCGUGCAGUGACUUGUACACAUCUGCAGUGUUUUGAUGCUGCCCUUUAUCUACAAAUGAAUGAGAAGAAGCCCACUUGGAUUUGUCCUGUGUGUGACAAAAAAGCUGCCUAUGAAAGUCUAAUAUUAGACGGGCUUUUUAUGGAAAUUCUCAAUGACUGUUCUGAUGUGGAUGAGAUCAAAUUCCAAGAAGAUGGUUCUUGGUGUCCAAUGAGACCGAAGAAAGAAGCUAUGAAAGUAUCCAGCCAACCGUGUACAAAAAUAGAAAGUUCAAGUGUCCUCAGUAAACCUUGUUCUGUGACUACAGCCAGUGAGGCAAGUAAGAAGAAAGUGGAUGUUAUUGAUCUAACAAUAGAAAGCUCUUCUGAUGAAGAGGAAGACCCUCCUGCUAAAAGAAAAUGCAUCUUUAUGUCAGAAACACAAAGCAGUCCAACCAAAGGGGUUCUCAUGUAUCAGCCAUCUUCUGUAAGGGUGCCCAGUGUGACUUCGGUUGAUCCUGCUGCUAUUCCGCCUUCAUUAACAGACUACUCAGUACCAUUCCACCACACGCCAAUAUCAAGCAUGUCAUCAGAUUUGCCAGGUUUGGAUUUUCUUUCCCUUAUUCCAGUUGAUCCCCAGUUCCUCUUUUCUUCGUGAUUCCAUCAAAGAAAAAUGGCCUUGGUGUUAGCAUUUUUUUCUGGGUAUUAUUUACACUUUGACAUUGUUUGCUGAGGAAUGCUGAGUGAAGUUCUGAGAUCUGGCAGGUCUAUAUUAGUGAUUAUGUUUAAGAAUGCUAUGCAGAUUUCACCCUCACAUAAUGUGUGUUAUUUUUGGUAAGUGUACAUUCUCAUUCUAGAGUUACCUAUAAGGCUUGCCUUCUCAAAAGAAAUUCUAUGCAGCCACUGAAUGAAAUGAUUUGGGGGUAAUGUGUGACUGAAGUUCAUUAGAAUUUUGUUCACACUAUCAAAUAUUGAGAGCUUGGAAGCAGCAGCAGAAUAGGUAUUGGUGGGUGGUAAUAACAAAAUUUAAUUUCUUCCUAAAAAGAAAUUCUGUCUUAUAGAAUAGUAUGCAAAUCUUUGUUGAAAUUUCUCCUAUUUUAGUAGUACUGAUUUAUAAAAAGGUUUUAGAUCUCUGAUCUUAUUUCUCACCAGUGUAAUUUCAGUCUCAGCAGUUAUUUUCAAACCUAAGAGAAAAAACGAACAAUAGCCAGCAAUGGAGACACUACCAAGUUUCUUUUCCUUUUUUUUGAAAAAGAGCUCUUUACUGAAACCACAAAAGAGAAUUAGAAAUGUUUGAGUUGAAGUGAGGAAGGGUUAGGGAAAAUGGGCAAGAACCUACUUCGUAUCUCACUUUCCAUGCCACCCCCAAACUCUUAAGGAACCCCUGAGGGGGUGCUGGGUGCACUAUGAAAACCACUCUCCUAUAGUGUGUUUAAUUUUACACCUCUCUGAAAACUGAGAUACACUGUUAGACUAAACAUUUUUGUCCGUAUUUUAUAGUUUGCUUCAUUUGGCUUCCUAAAUCAUUUUUAAUUUCACAAGGAUUUAGUACUUUGCUGAUGUUCAGCUUUCUAUCCCUAAACUAUAUCUACUUUAAAAAACAAAAUUCUUUUUUUUAAGUCGCUGAUCUAACCAAUUGAUAAACAAAAGUAUCCAGGUGAGAGUGUGCAGUUUGUUAGAAUAGGGCUGUGCUGCUUCAGAGUUGGUGCAACUCCCGGAAUAUAACUUGUCCUUGCUUGGUAUUUUAUACCUUCUCAAGUUUUCAUGGCCUUUGUGUGCUCUUUUUAUACCAAUUAAAUUUUGUAUGGUUUCCCACAUCCUCCCUUCUUUGACUAUGUCCUUAUGUAAUGUAUUAUCCCCUUGGGAAGGCUGCUUAUUAUCAAAGAUGUGGAGGAAACAAACUGAUUAUUUCUGCAGUAACGCCAGAGUUGCCAGUUUAACUGUCUAAUUUAGUCAUUAGAUUCCCAAACCAUGUUACAGGUUUUUGGUCCAGAUGCAGAAUUUUCUCUUAAUUUUAUGUUGCUGCUCUAAAUACAGGUGCAAUUUCUGUUGACUCUGUAAUCAGAUAGAAAAAGUAAUAUGCUUUGUGUGGUAUAAUUUGUUAAUAAAAGAAAUGCUGUAUAUUUGUUAUCAUGUUGUUUACAACUUUAGAUUCUCAGACUCUCCGCAGUUUAAUGAACAAAGUUUUAUAAGGUAAAUGAAAAUAUUAAUAGAAAUUAGUUUAUUUACUUAGCUCUUAUAAUUGGUAACUGUACUUUUAUAAUUGUAAUUUGUUUUUCACUGUUUUCUUGAAUAGUUUUCAUGUUCAUUUUUGGUGUCUUACACUGAAAUUACAUACAAAUUUUUAAUUUAUCUCACACUAGUGACUUACAUUUAAAAAAAUACACUUUGUAGUUUAUAAUCUUAAAAUUGGCACUUAACAUUGUAUAUGUAUCUUUGAAGGUGAGUACUUUAUGCCCUUAGCAUUAUGGCAACAUCAAAGCCAUUACGCUGUGAUAUGGUCACUAUUUUUACCAAGACCCUGACACUUUGUUUAUGUUAUCAAAUUUUUUCUUAACCAAUUAUAAAAGAGUUGCAGAGGGGUCCUCUUGGCUGUUACUUAGGUUCUGUCAGCCAACCAGUGAUUAUCUGGAGUAUUUUGUUUAAGGAAAGGAACUAUAGAUAUUAGUCUCUUGGAAUCACUUAGGGUGGUGCCUGUGGCUCAUUGGGUAGAGUGCCGGCCCCAUAUACCAAGCAAGGGUGGCGGUUUGAACCUGGCCCCAGCCAAACUGCAACAAAAAAAAUGGUGAGCGCCUGUAGUCCCAGCUACUUGGGAGGCUAAAGCAAGAGAAUCGCCUAAGCCCAGGAGUUGGAGGUUGCUGUGAGCUGUGAUGCCACAGCACUCUACCAAGGGUGAUAAAAUGAGACUCUGUCUCAAAAAAAAAAAGAAUCACUUAGUCAACUUGUAUUUUUAUCUUUCUUCACUUUGAAAUAUCAAGGGCUUUCUUUUGGUAAUUCCUGACAGUGUAAUUGGUGCUGAAUAUAGCUUCAUAGCUAAGGUUGGCUUUUACUCAUAACUUUAUGGCCCUUAGGUGAGCCACUUUAGGAUUUUAUUUCCGUUUCUGGCCAGAAGUUAUAAACACUUGGCAUGUGUCUUAGAAUAAUUGUAAAGGCCAGUGAGAUACUUGAAGUGAAUUUAGGUUGUGUGGCAUUUAUCUGAUGUAUUUGCAAACAGCUGGAAUGAAAAUAAAAUGCAUAAAGAAGAGAUAGAGCAUUUAAUUUAAGUUGAAUUGUAACUCUUGGUAUAAAAUAAGUUUUCCUUGGGGCCAUCUUAAGGAAUUUGAAGAAAGGUAAGAUGUUGUAUUUUAAGUGAACUAGUGUUCUACAGAAACUGUUCUGACUUUGAUAUUCAGACUAUUCAGACAUUCUGGCUUCAGACCAGUUGUGGAUGUUCACUAUUGGUAGCCAAGUUGUCUUCUGCCAAUGGAAAAGUAUUCAUUAGUUGACAUUUUUGUAUUUUUAAGUAAAGGCAGUUUUUAAAAUGCACCGUGCAUUUAGGCCAGGCACGGUGGCUCAUGCCUAUAAUCCCAGCACUUUGGAAGUCCGAGAUGGGCCAAUUGCCUGAGCUCACACAAGACAAGCCUGAGCUAGAGCAAGACCCCAUCUCUAAAAAUAGCCAGGCGUUGUGGCUGGUGCCUGUAGUCCCAGCUACUUGGGAGGCUGAGGCAAGAGAAUCGCUUGAGCCUAAAACUUAGAAGCUGCUGUGAGCUAUGAGGUUACAGAACUCUACUAGGGGUGACAAAGUGAGACUGUCUCAAAAACAUGACUUUAGAAGGUAUGCCUUUCAUUUCUCUACAGCCUUCAGUUGGUUAAAAAGGGGGGCACGUAACCCUUCAUUCUUUGUUUAGUAAACACUUUUAUUUUCUUAAUUUUUUUCCUACAACAUUUUCUCCAUUUUAAUGGAAUGUCAUAAUGACAUUUCCAUCAUUUCCCAGUCAUUUUCAUCUUAGAAAAUGUAAAGCAGUACACCGUAACUGUCUGACAUUGGAUUUAGUGUCCCUGGGUUUGUGUGGUGUGGGAGCUUGGAGUUGUCAUUUAGAGUGAACGUUAUGUAGUGAUUCACCACCUUUUCUGCUACAGUUCUACAUGAAUAUGGUGAAAUGUGUGGAAAAGAAUUUAAAAUUUUCUCUGCUUUUAAAGAGUCUAAUGUUCCUGUCAAAUAAAUGAUUGUUCUGUAAUCUCUAUUCCCUCCCGAUUUCACCCCUCCCCCCAGUUAGGAACCAUGCCACAAUUCCUGAAAAAACAAAUAAAGCUCUAUAAA